GGCUGAAGUCAUUGAUGUGAGUUACGGAAUGGCAGAUGAUUUAAAAAGGGUUACAAAAAUGAAAAAUGUAAGAAAUCAGAUCGCACUCCUGAAGAUAGGAAAAUUGCCGCUGCUUUAUAAGCUUUCCUUAUUGGAAAAGGCUGAAUUUGGAGGUGUUCUUCUAUACAUUGAUCCUUGUGAUUUACCAAAGACUGUGAAUCUUAGCCAUGAUACCUUCAUGGUGUCACUGAAUCCAGGAGGAGACCCUUCUACACCUGGUUACCCAAGUGUUGAUGGGAGCUUUAGACAAAGCCGGCCCAAUCUCACUUCUCUGUUAGUGCAGCCCAUCUCUGCAUCCCUUGUUGCAAAACUGAUCUCUUCUCCGAAAACUGGAACCAAAAAUGAUGUCUGUAGCCCUCUAGAACUUCCAAAUAAAGAAAUAAGAAUUGUCAGCAUGCAAGUUCAGACAGUUGCAAAAUUCAAAGCAGUUACUAAUGUUGUUGGAUAUGUAAUGGGCUUGGAAUCUCCAGACCGGUAUGUCAUAGUUGGCAGCCACCAUCAUACUGCAUUCAGUUAUACCGGACAAGAAUGGGCCAGUAGUACUGCAAUAAUCACAGCUUUUAUCCAGGCCUUGAUGUCAAGAGUUAAGACAGGGUGGAGACCCAAACGCACGAUUGUUUUCUGUUCAUGGGGAGGAACAGCUUUUGGCAAGAUUGGCUCGUAUGAAUGGGGAGAGGAUUUCAGGAAGGUUCUUCAGAAGAAUGCUGUGGCUUAUAUCAGCCUCCAUAGUCCUGUAAGGGGGAACUCAAGCCUGCAUCCUGUGGCAUCCCCGGCUCUUCAGCAACUGGUAACAGAGAAAAAUAAUUUCAACUGCAUCAGAAGAGCUCAGUGCCCAGAAACCAAUGUCAGUUCUGUACACAUACAAGGUGAUGCUGAUUAUUUCAUCAACCAUCUUGGAGUUCCCACUGUGCAGUUUGCUUAUGAGGACAUCAAAGCAUUGGAGGAUCCAGGUUUUCUCUCUGAGGCCCUUUUUCCUACACAUGCAACACAAAUUGAAGAGAAGGAUCCUUUCUUCAAACUUCAUGAAACCAUUACAAAGCUUUCAGGAGAAGUGAUUUUGCAAAUUGCGAACGAACCGGUUCUGCCCUUUAAUGCUCUCGAUAUAGCUUUAGAAGUUCAAAACAGCCUUAAAGGUGAUCAGCCCAAUACUCAUCAGCUGCUAGCUAUGGCAUCACACCUGCGGGAGAGUGCCGAAAUCUUUCAGUCAGAUGAGAUGCGACCUGCUAAUGAUCCCAAAGAAAGAGCUCCCAUUCGCGUCCGGAUGCUGAACGACAUUCUUCAAGACAUGGAGAAAAGCUUCCUGGUACAGCAGGCACCACCAGGCUUUUAUAGAAACAUCUUAUACCACCUCAAUGAGAAGACAAACCAGUUUGCAAUACUUGUGGAAGCUUGGGAGCACUGCAAGUCACUCACAUCAAAUGAGACCCUUCAAGAAGCCCUGUCAGAGGUGUUGAACAGCAUUAAUUCAGCUCAGGUUUACUUCAAAGCAGGACUUGAUGUGUUCAAGAGUGUCUUGGUUGGAAAGAACUGAGAAAACUCAGCAUUUUAAAAAUUGUGUUUACAGUUCCACAAGCAAAAGCUCUAAUCUGACCCGAUUUUUUGACAUUGAAAACUUGUUUCCCCCCAUGGCUUUUCAACAAGUGUAAAGCAAUCAUUACAUGUAUUUUUAAUUGUACAUAUAAAAAGGACAUUUUGCACAUUUAAUAUUUUUCUUAUAUCUAUAUUUCUGAAUAUGUAAAAGCAAGUUAUUGAAAUAAUACUUAAAACUUAUCUGUUAAAAAUAAAUCUG